CGAUGUAUUUAUAUAAAGUGCAGCCUCCCUCUCUUAGCUAGCUAGAACAGCUAAGUGUUCCAGCUAGCCAAGAAGUGGGAAAUCGCGGGCAGUAGCGCGUGCCUAUCGGAUCUAACUGGCGAAAAGGAGGCCCCUGCUUUAUUCGAGGACGCUUGGAAGAGACUGACGAGCUCUCUACAAUAGGUAUUUAGCUAGCUACUUGGAACAGUAACAAGAGGCUGCCUCUCUGUGCCUCUGUUUAACCAGAAGAAAAGGAGCAGGCUGCCUUUGACAUCCAAUCCCUCAGAGAAGAAAUUAUGCUCCGGCAAUGAAUACAUGCCUACACACAGCUCUGCUUCAUCCAUCAUCAACACAUCAGGUAACACAGGCUAUUACCAAGAUCAAGCCCCAAGGUGUCCUGCACCUGCUGCUCAGGACAAUCAGUGGAGCAGACAAGGCAACCAGCAGCAGUCUCAGCCACAGUCACAGUGUCCUAACAGUCAACCUGUGCUGGUACCUGUGGGGAGAAGCUUUGCACCUCCACACCCAUACAACGCUGGGAAUACAGGUCUGCAGAUGGGACAGCCACCAGUGAGGCAGGACUCAAGAGCCUCUACAAACCCCAGACAGAGCAACUACAAUGCUCCUUGCAGCAGUGGGAACACACAGAGCAAACCGGUACCCCCAAGCAGCUACUCUCAGAUGGGUCAGCAGCAGUCAGGUUACAGACAGAGACAGGACAACCCACCAGAGCCUCCUCUUUACUCCCAGCAGUCUAAACCCAUUCCCCCUCCAAGCAGACCAAGUCAUAGUCCUGGAUCACAGAAGCAAAACACAUCCUGGAAGUUUAUAACCACCACCAACACUGGGCCACAGAAACAACUGAUGGAAGACAGUAUAGACACAUAUCAAACUCAAAAUACCUCUCAGUCUCAGGUACAACAUGUCAAACCAGCAACUGAGAACUCUCUGAGGAUCCUGACUGCUGUCAUUGAUGGCAUUAGACACUGGAGCCUUUUCAAGGACAGAGCCCCGUACCUAUUUGAGAUUUUCGCCACUCUUGACUCUGCAGUCACCGCCGGGUCUCAUGGAGCUAAGAACUUCCUCAUGAGAGAUGGGAAAGAGGUGGUGCAGUGUGUCUUCUAUGAAAAUGGUGGAUACCCAUUAUGUUACCUUUACCAUGUUGUGCUGGAUGUAUACCCUUUAUGUCCCCACGAGGAGCUGGAGCUGCCCAGGCUGAUCCGAGGCCAGGUGCACCGCUGUGUGGGGAACUACGACCGCACCAGGGACACCCUCACCUGUGUGUCUGUCAGGGCCGCUCUGCCCUCAGAGCAGAGGAACGCACAGGAGUCUAUCAAAGCCUCGGACGCUGAGAUGAGGGACCUGGUGAAAUCACUCAGUGAAGUCUGAUCAGCAGCACAGAAACACAUAAGGGAGCUUCCAGCAACAGUUCAAAGGCAAAACAAUUGUCUUUGUCAAUGGGUUCUUGAGUAUCACUAUAUGGCAAGUGCUCUCCUCUAUUAGAAACUGAAUGAUCCUACUGUAUAUAGAGUCCUACUGUAUGUAGAUCCUUGACAUGUCUGAAGAUUCUCCAGGGAUGAGUAGUACGUGAUACCCCUAUUUAUUUUUGAAAGAAUAUUCUGAACUGGGCAGUUCAAGUGUAUACAGUUUCAUCUGCUUGCCUGUAAAGGGCGCCAUCUGUUUGUGACAAGCAACAUAUUAAGAUUGUAUGUUUAUGAAUUUCCCAAAGUUAAAUAUGUACAUCAGAUUACAGGUAAGAUAUUUAAUAUUCUUCUUGUGUAUAUAAUACUUAACACAUAAAAAAUGUAAUGUGUGCAAUUCUGUUUUUGGACACAAAAUA